GGUAGGAGCCAUGGUAACUUCUGAAUUCAAUUAAAGUCAAGUGCACGGGACCAAAUACAAUACAAUCAAAUCAAUACGACCUACAUAAUAAGACACAAGGACCCCUAAUUCUAAUCCAAACAUCACCUGCAAAUAUUGAACCUUUUAUACUCGUCUAACAAAACCGACACCUUGUCUUAUAGGUCCUAUAAUGUCAUCUUCCACUAGCUUAGGCCGUACACGAUCAAUUCGUAAACCUACAGUUGGCAAAGACGAUCCGAGCCAACGAAAUGGACCAACAACACGUACUGAGGCUAGGACACAUUCCCCUAGCCGACUACCGGUGAAGCCCACGAUGAUCACUCGAUCCGCUGCAGCGAGCGCAGCAGCUUCUUCGUCCGCUACUGCUUCAAGAAUUAGAGCGACAGGCUCAACUACAGGUAGAGCUGUAUCUAAUCCUUACAACAAGACUUCAUCUGCACGGACAGACAGCAGCGGAAAUGCUGCGACGAAACCCUUGGGUAGAGCAACCUCUACUCGUGACCGUGAUAGACCACCAAUUACCUCCAUGAACCGUACUGCGACCGGUCGACCGAGAUCCUCUGGCGGGCCACCUGUAACGACGGCGCCUACCCGACCGGGACAUACACGAUCGAGAUCCAACGUUACGAGUUUGACACCGGCCACUACACUUCGCCCAGUAUCUCAAGUAUCUCAUGCGACCGCCACAUCUUCGUCGUCCGGCGGUGGCCGAACAAGUCCGACCACAAGCACGAUCACAACGAGCUCGAAAAUCCAGACACGGUCGCAAAUCCGCCAACGCACGACAUCUCAAUCUCAAUCCCAAUCAACCGCUACCACGACGCAAGCCCCAUCCAAUCAACCCGCCGGCCUUGUCAGCCGCCCCGCAUUCAACACUCAUCAACAGCAUUACAGCCCCGCCAAAUCCCUCGCCCCCAAACCUUUAACCUCGACCUAUCUCGCGCCCCCGUCUCCCUCUAAGCUACCCGCAAACGUCGCCUUAUCCGCCGAGACCAGUCGUCUACAGACGGAGCUGUUACAACUUUCGCUCCUACACCGCGAUGCCGCAGCCGUCGACAGCGAAUGGCACGCCAGCGCCCGACAAAAGCUCGGGGAUAGAUUCGCGCGGCUAGCCAAAAACAAUGACACCCUCCUUAGUCUUGAGCGACGAGGCAUUGAGGCGCGGAACGUGGCAGCGCUCACUAAAUGGGGUAAUCCUGGCACCAGAAACGGGCUAGGUCUAGAGGAGAAAGUCCAAAUCUUGGACGAAGUGCUAAACGGGGUGUGGCAGCUCGGAGAACCGGGCGGACGAUACGCGCGCGUGGUCGCCGGCUUCGAAAUCUGGGCCGAGCGCAUGGCGUCCAUAGUUAUCGCGCAGCGUAGCGACAACGUCGAUGUCUUGGUCGAAGGCGAGGAGGUCCUAUUUCUAGGUGAACUAGACGCAGGAUGGAAACACGAUUGUAUCAGUCUUCAGCGCAAACUCGAAGGAUGGCGUAUCGCGUUACGAGAUCUGGGCGACGUCGACUCUCCCCCCGUUUCCGACUCCGACUCUAGCUCAGAAUUAGAAUCGCGGUCUAGUUUACUUCGCAUGGUGGACGGGUGUCGCAAUCUCGUCCACGAUAUGCUAUCCGAACUAGCAGUGAUGGCGCAGAUCGAGCGGGAUGCGGCGCGAGCGGAGAACGAAUGGAUCGAGCGCACAAAUAGAGCCAUAGAAGACGAGGACGACGAUACCCCCGCGGCGCGGGCGUAUGUACCAUUAUGGAAGCUGGCUGCGUGAUUUUAACACCUGGUUACCUUUCCUACCUCUUUACCUACUUUCCUAUCUGUCUGCAUAAGUGUACUGUACUAUUAAGUUAAAUUGAUGGCAUAAUGGGAAACGAAAGGAUACGAUACGGAACCGGACUGGCGUUCAGCGAUAGGGUAUACGCACUACAUAUUUCAUGAUAGGUAGUGAUAAUAAGAUAAAGUCGAACUAAUUGUAAUGUGCGCGGUGAUAAUGAUGCGAUUGGUUAAUUU